CCUUAAGUGACCGUAGCCGACCGAACUCUAUCCAGUUGAUAGCGAGAUCUCGAUCGCGAUGGAGGUUAAUCUGUUCUAUUUCGGAGUCCUAGUGGCCAUUCUCGGCACCCUGUACUACUUGUUGACGAAGAAGCAUGGCCAUUUCCUCGACAAACCGAUUCCUUCGAUGGCAGCGAAGCCGAUCCUGGGAAGCGUCAGUGAUCUGAUGCUGCAGCGAGUGCCGUUCUCCACGUUCAUUCAGACGCUCUACGACAAGUACCGAGGAGUCAAAGUUUUCGGAUUGUUCGAUAUGAUGACACCUACGUACGUCAUUCGCGAUCCGGAGUUGAUCAAGCAGGUGGCCGUUAAGGACUUUGAUCACUUUGCCGAUCAUGUGCAGGUAUUUGGGAACUCGAGCUAUGAUCAUCCGAAUCUGCUUACUGGAAAGACGUUGUUUUCGUUGACGGGUUUGCGUUGGAAGACGAUGCGAGCAACGCUGAGUCCGGCUUUCACCGGGAGCAAGAUGCGAUACAUGUUUGAACUGAUCGUGGAAUGUACGGAACGAGCGGUGAGGUAUUACGAAAAGAAUGCGCUGAAAAGUGGACCAAAGGUGUACGAGAUGAAGGAUGUGUUCUCGAGGUUUGCGAACGAUGUGAUCGCUACGUGCGCUUUUGGACUACAGAUUGAAUCUUCUCGGGAUCGCGACAACGAGUUCUUCGUUAACGGAAGCAAGAUGCUGGAUUUCAGCAGACCGUCGGUUAUGCUGCGAAUCAUGGGGCAUCAACUGGUUCCAUGGUUGAUGGCCUUCUUCGGAUGGGACGUGAUCGACGAGCAGCAGAAUACUUACUUCAAGACGUUGAUAUUGGACGCGAUUAGGGAGCGGGAACACCGAGGGAUUGUCAGACCGGACAUGAUAAAUUUGUUGAUUCAGGCUAAGAAAGGUACUUUGAAGCAUCAGCAAGAGAAUGAGCAGGUGCCGGAGGGAUUCGCAACAGUCCAAGAAUCGGAAGUUGGUACAUCAUCGGUCACCACGGUGAUGACGGACGUGGAAAUGGUCGCACAGUGCUUGAUCUUCUUCCUAGCAGGGUUCGACACGGUUUCUACAUCACUACUGUACGCUUCCUAUGAGCUCGCGAUCAAUCCAGAAGUUCAACAGAAGCUGUACGACGAGAUCCAGAAUACUCGAACGGCUCUAAACGGUAAACCACUGACGUACGAUGCGAUGCAGAAGAUGAAAUACAUGGAUAUGGUGAUGUCCGAGGUGCUUCGAAUGUGGCCGCCAGCUCCGUCCACUGAUCGGCUUUGUACGAAGAAUUACGUGAUGGACGAAGGAAACGGCGUAAAGUACACGAUCGAGAAGGGCACGUCAGUAUGGUUCCCGAUCCACGCCCUGCACCACGAUCCCAACUACUACCCGCAGCCGGAGAAGUUCGAUCCGGAGCGAUUCAGUGACGAACGGAAGGGUAGCAUUAAUGCGGGAGCUUAUCUACCGUUCGGUAUUGGCCCGAGAAACUGCAUCGGAUCAAGGUUUGCCCUGGCCGAGGUGAAGACCAUUCUGUAUUAUAUGUUGGGAAGUUUCUCGUUCGAGCGCUGCAGUAAGACGGAAGUUCCUCCGGUUCUGGCGAAAGGGUUCGACGUCAUCCCUGCAAAUGGGAUGCACAUAGAGUUCAAACCUAGACCUAAGAAGUAGUAUAGUUUAUGAAUGACCUUCUCUUUAUGUAAGAAUUUAAAUAAGGUGACAUUGUUGAUAAGAAAUUCUAAAAAAGAAACAAAUAAAAAUAUCACAAUAUUUCCACGUGGAA